AUGAAACCUCUUAGAGGCACCAAAGAGCAAAUUUUUUUAGCUGAUGGGAUGGGUGACUUGAACAAAUUCUCAAAAGUCUACAACUUCAAGUGUGAUCGGCCUUCCAUCAUCAUCGGUGUAGCCAUCCUCCUCUACCCAUCGACACAACCAGGAAGACUGAACAUACUCCAUCACAGAUCAUCGGCCACCCUUGUCCUCCACCCUUCACAGGUAAGUGACUUGAAUCAUAUCGAAAUAGACUUGGACAGAUGUACAAGCACUUGGUCAGAAAGGAAUGACAUGUUUAUUGAACUUGUAUCCACUGAAGGAAAUGAGAAGAUCAAAGUUGUUAUUGAUGAAUCGAAUGUGUGGUAAACAAAGAUUGUUCAUAAAAG